GGCCCUUGCCGGCUUCAUAUAACCUCCCUUACAGAACCUCUGGACAGGCAUCCGCAAAGAUGAAAAUCCUCCUAACUGGAGCCAGCGGAUGCGUGGGCAGUCACGUCCUUCACGAGCUCGGCCGUCGGGGCCACGAGGUAGUCGUGACAGCCGACUCCGCCACCAAAGGCGAAGACAUUCUUCGGCUGUACACGAAGCUCGGCACCAAGGACACCAGGCUAAGCUACGUGGUGAUAGACACCAACAUAGCCCAAAAAGGGGCCUUCGACGCGGCGGUUCAAUCCAACCCCCCCUUCGACGCCGUCAUCCACACCCACGGCCAUUUCCCGCCGGAUCUCAAGGACCUCGAACAGGACGUGCUACGUCCGAUCGUCGACGGAACCACCUCGCUACUGCAGUCCAUCAAGGCCCACGCUCCACAGGUGAGGCGGGUGAUUCUCAUGUCCUCGACCGCGGCGAUCAUCCGCAGUGACUCGCAUCCGGCCAUGUACGACGAGUCGGUAUGGAACAACACCUCGUAUCAGCCUGGGCUGGACCUUGAAUCGGUGUACGCUGUUAGCACGACGAUGGCCGAGAAAACCGCGUUUAUGUUCCUGCGGAAGAAGGGUCCCAAUUUCUCCGUCACGACGAUCUGUGGAUCGGCGCAUUUUGGCCCCGUCGUGAAUAGGGACAGGGCAGACAAAGCGACUGUCGAUCCCUGCGAUCGUCCGAUUUGGGAGCUCAUCGAGGGUAAUUACGAAGCGGCUUUGCCCCCUCCUGGUUCCCACUUGUGGACCGAUGUCCGGGAUGUGGCUCUUGCACACGUCCAAGCACUCGAGGCCCCCGAGGCUCCCAAUCAGAGAUUCUUGGUGGCCGCGAAGCACUAUGAUAAUAAGAAGGUGGUGCAGAUUAUGCGUGAUGAGCGUCUUCAGCUGGAUUCGGCACCACCUCCCACCGACCAUCCUAUCGAUAGUCCGGCAGACUUGUUUAAAUUUGAUAACACCAAGUCGGUGCGCAUUCUUGGGUUGAAUUAUCGCUCUUUACAGGACUCUGUGAAAGAUACAGUUCAAAGCAUUCACCAGCUUCGGGGAUAG